ACCACCUAAUUCAGCUACCCGACUCACCUCGUGGUCCUGUCGCCUGCAAGAUUUGUCCGUGAUCCUACCAGCUGUUGUAAUAUCUUCACCAUGUCCAACCUCGGCGGUUAUAUCAAUAAGAAGGUCCUGAUAAUUACAGCCGAUUCCCGAACUUUGGUGGGGAACCUCUUGAGUUGUGACCAGAUGACCAACUUGGUUCUUGGGCAAACGAUCGAACGAGUAAUCCGAACACCCGACGAUACGGAGCUCUCUACUGAGGUUCCCCUGGGUCUCUACCUGGUAAGGGGAGACAAUGUUUGCGCAGUGGGCUUGGUAGACGAGGCCCUUGACGAUAGUAUCAAUUGGCAGCAGGUGAAGGGUUCGGCUAUUGGUGGGAUUAAACACAUAUAGAAGGAGGCGGCGGCGGCGGCGGAAAGCAACAGCAGCAGCAGCAGCAGAAACGGAGCAUGACCUGAAACACAAUGCUCUUGAUACCUUGAGAUUUCAUUUCUGGCGUUUGGGGAGAAAUAACAAUUGCAUUUACGAGAGAGAAAGGA